AUGAACUCACAUAACUGGUCUAGUUUUGACCAAACAGUUAUGUUUACUGAACAUUCAAAAAAUUCCUCAUUCAAUGUUACAAAUGAUAACUUAAACCCAAUAACUUUUUUUCCAAACAACCAUGAAAUUCAUACAGAUUUAUUUCAUUCAAACUCAGCAAACUUUAUGCAUGAAGAAUUGAAGCAACAGGAUCAUUCAUUUAUUUCAACUAAGAAUGUUCAACGUUCUUAUGUAACGAAAAAACAUCAGAAAUGCACUACAUCUGACAAUGUUAGUUCGCAAUGUUUUAUUGAACCCUCAUUAGUUGUCCCAACUGGUAUAAGACGUCGUGGUCCUAAAAAGAAGCCAGAUUCACAAGAACGUGUUGUUAGAAUGAAAAUGAGACGAGCUAGAGCUAAUGCACGUGAACGUAGCCGAAUGCAUGGAUUAAAUUCAGCAUUAGAUGCCUUAAGACAACACAUACCAUCUGCUUUAUUCGGUGGAUAUAUUUCCUUUGAUCUUGAUAAAAAAGAUGACACAACUAUCUGUACUACUCAUACAAAUCAAAAACAAAAUGAAAGUAAUAAAUUAUUCUCGAAAAAUCAUCAAACCAACAAUCCAAUAGAUCAAAUAAACAACAAUAAUAAUGUGAAUAAUUUUCAUCAAUUUGGUCAAAAAUUAAGUAAAAUUGAAACGCUUCGUUUAGCUUGUAAUUACAUUGGUCUUUUAGCUUCAAUAUUAAAUGAUAUACACUUUGAAUCGAUAACAGAUAUUAUAAAAUAUUUAUGUCAUGGUUUGUCACAGAUAACGACUAAUCAGAUUGCAGCUGCUUUACAAAUUGAUCCUUCUAGAUUAAUGAAGCAUCAUGUAUCUGAUAGUAAUGAAAAUAAGUUACCAUAUGAUCAUUCUUACAAAUCGUCAUCAUCCAUUUCAUCAUCACCAAUUGAUGAUGAUGAUGAUGAUGUUAAUUAUACAAAAAAAAUUCAACAAAAUGUUAUAAGGUCAAAUUUAUUACAAAAUAAAUUGACCGAUGAACAAUUAAUGAACCAUUUAGAUUAUUAUUAUUAUUAUUCAAAUAAUGUUUCAUUGACCAUACCAACUAAUCAGUCUACAUCAAUUUCAAAUGUUAGUCAAUCUCUAGGAAAUUGUUCAUCAAAUUGUACAGAAUUAUUAAAAUCUCAAAAUGAUCUAUUAAAUAAUAAAUUGUAUGAAUAUGAAAAUGUUGUAUAUGAUUGUGAACAAUAUGAAAUGAAUGAAUAUAGUUUAACAAUUCCUUAUUUACCUACUCAUUAUAAUGAAAAUAAUGAUAAUAAUCAGUUAAAUGAAUCAAUGAAUCAUGAACAUUCGAUGAACAAGACAAAAUUACAAUUAAUUAAUAAUGAAGAAAUAAAUUUUAUUACUCCAUUAGAAACUAGUAAUUCAAUUCAUAUUUCAACUGAUUCAAAGGAACCAAUUUUAAAUUCAGAUCCUGAUCUAAGAUCUUAUUCAUAUUAUUGUCAUUAUCAUCAUUUAAAUGGUCAUUAUUAUGAUUCAUAUUGAGUAAUGAAUAUUACUACUCGUUAUUACGAUUAGUAAUUAUGAAAAAAAGGUUUUUUUUAAUAUAAAGUAAUAUCGAAUUUGAUAAAUAUUAGUGAUAUUGUUAAUAAUAGUUGAAGUCAUCAUAAAUUACAUAAUAUGAUCCAUGAUGAUCAUUAAUACAUUUCAAUUAUAUAAUGAUUAAUUUAAACAAAUCAUUUCAUUUCAUUCCUUCAAUUGAAAAGGAUCAAUAUUAACAUGAAUGAUUGUUUUCAUUCUUUGUAAUUGUUUCUUUUAAUUUUAUC